UAUCACCGCUGAUGAUGCUUGGCCACCGUAGUAACGAUGAAUAUCACAUUUAACGAGGUUUUGAAAAAUAUACGUCUAAAUAUUUGUCUCUGCAUAUAAAGACGUACGAACUUGCUGUCAACUCGGACGAAUCCAAAAACGCGUGAUCAAAAUAAUAAGUGCCAUAUAUAAUAUUUGUAUGUUUAUUAAGAACAUUACAUGGCUCUUUCGUCGCUCCCUAUAUCGGCAUUUCAAUGCAGACGAUUCUCGAUGCUCGUUCAAACAUAUGAAACAAGAGGCCGAUUUCCGAGUAUUACUUGAACGCAUCAUUUUAUGUACGCCUGUCAAUGACCUAUUUGAUUACCAGAUCAAAUCACACAAAAAAAUAUUUUUGUGUCUUUUCGCGUAAUUCAACAAGUCGAAAUAAAAAAAUCAUUGGCUCACAAUAUACUGAACAUACAACGUUUUCUUGGUGCUAGAACAGCAAGGAAAGGACACGCUCUCCAACAAUGGGGGCCCCCGCCAUUUUGUUUUGAUUGUCAUUUGUUGACGUUGGUCUCACAUGAGCUCCUCUUGUCACGUUCUGUGGCGAAUGUUCACGUAUGUAUGUUUUCUAAUGAUAACACGGGCGUGUGAGUGCUGUGUCACAGAGCCUCUGUGCGAUAUGGAGGAAAGUGGCACCGGGAGGAAAUGGUAACCCGACAGAGCCGAGAGGUCCAAGUUCAAUAUGGAUGAGACAACUUCUGGAAAUUACUGUCUUGCAAUGGCCAAAGGCGGACACAGACGUGGCGUCCCAAAGUGGAGGCUAUGACGUGGAGUGGUUUGUGGAAACCCCGGACUACGAUCUCAUCUGCACCAUCUGCCAGGGGGUCCUGCGUUGUCCUGUCAGAGCAACAUGCCACCACAUUUUCUGCAAGAAGUGCAUUUUACGGUGGCUGAAAAGACAGGAGACGUGCCCUUGCUGCAGAAAGCCCAUUAACGCGUGCAAGAUCUAUGUCAUGUUCAGACUGAGCAAGUCCAUUGGACACUUGAAGAUAAAGUGCAAGAAUGAGUCACGUGGCUGUACGGUGACCUUCCCCCUUUCGGAGCAGUAUAGCCACAAAAUGAGCUGUUUGUACGAGCUCGUCCCUUGCCCGUACCAAGGCUGCAACGCUCAGCUCAUGCGCUGCGAGCUGGACACCCACUCGCGCCACUGCGACCACUGGCGCGAGCCCUGCCACAUGGGCUGCGGCACCAUCUUGUCUCAGCGCACCCGGAGCGAGCACAACUGCUACAUGCAGCUGAAGCAGCAGUACAAUGACAGGAACAAGGACUACGGCGUCAUGGCCGUCGCCCUGCAGAGGAAGAUGAGGAGGAUGCAGAAGACGAUGACCCGCAUCAAGGAGCAGAUCGAGUUGAUGUGCGGGAGCCUGGAGGUGUCGGAGGACGCCAACGAGGCGGAGGAGGACGCCAACGAGGCGGAGGAGGACGCCAACGAGGCGGAGGAGGACUUGGUAGAGGGCAGCUCCAGUUCUGCCGAGUCGUCAAGCGGCGAGAGCACCAGCUGAGAGAAGAGUUCGGGCUGCUGUGUUUGUACAUGUGUUCAUUUCAUUGGUGUUGUGUGUUGCCAAAUGCAUUUAAUGGGAGGGAGUACCAUUUACAUAUUUAUAUUGUAAAUAAAAUAAGGGUGAACUAUG